UCGCGCGGGUUGGAUGCGAGUCUCGGAAGGUUUUCUUGGAAGAUCAACGGUCGCGUACGAUCAGCUGUUUGCGAAGGAGUUGUUGAGUGGUGGCGAAGUUUGUGUUUGGGUGAAGAAACCGAAAGUGGUGGUCUGCGCCCACACGCGGGUUGUGCAAGUAGAGGUAUACCUUGGUGGCGCCAGCGUAGUAGUUCGUCUUGGUGAAGAUCCUCCCGGGGCUGAUCGCGAAGGCGUUACGGAAAGUGAUUUUGGAUUUCGGAGGAGUAUGCGAUCGCGGCGCAACAAAAGCAAAACACGGGUGAAGAAUUGAUCAUUACCAUAUACUCAAGUGGUGAUUGUCCGGCGCGGAACUUCAGGUCGCGGUCAAGGAAGAUAACCGCUGGAGGUCUCCGUACGAUCGAACACAAAGAAGUGCACGCGGUGACGGAGAAGGCGGCCAGACAACCGGAGGAGCUCCGCAUAAAAGUGGAGUUAUAAGUUGCGAAAUUUUAAUAAACAGCACUGCAUACGAUUAUCGCGGAUAAUCUCGGUGGAUUUUCAUACCAUGGCUGGAAGCUGAACAAGCAGUUCAAGAAGUUGAUCGGUGAACGGUGAUAGUGACCGGAGCAACUCCGAAGGGAAGAUACGCGGUGUGUCUGGAGUGCAGUGCAGAGUGGUCCCGGAGUCGUUAAUAAUAUUUUAAAAGAUCGUUUUGUGGAGUUGAAGCGAGAAAAAAAAGCAGCGGUAGUACAGGCCGCGACGCGGUGAUCGCACAGAUAUUUAUCGAAGAAUUAAAUUAUCGUUUUCCGCGAGUGGUUGUUAAGGAUUGUAGUACUGCAGAUCGACGAGACCAGGUCGUCGAUUCGGGGGCUACCGUCGGCGCCGACGGAACGACGAUUUUUGGAUAGCAAAUUGACCACGAUCCUUGCUGCCAGUUACCACGUAGUACCACGCAGUACGUCAGCUGAUAUCGUCGAAAUUGCACUAUGGUGUAGCACCUAACCUAAAUACAAAUAGUACAAACCUGCAACACUCUUCAGCAAAAAUGCACCACACGCUGAAACCGCUCGGCCACCUCAGCUUCCACCAGAUGCCCAUCAUGGCGGCGCUGGCCGACGCCAACAACAACAGCAACAGCAGCAUCAGCAGUCUCACGAGCAGCCUCAGCAGCAGCAGUCCAAGCAGCGGAAGUGACGAAGCCAUGGCCAAGAAGGACUCUGAAAAGUACUCCCUAAGACAACGCCAAACUCGGAGGUCCACUCCGGCGGCCAAAGCCAGUGUGGCGGCCGCUGUAAGCGAGAAGAAGACGGUUCCCAAGGAGAAACCCAAGCAGAAGGCACCGCCGUUGAGCAAGUACCGGCGGAAGACGGCGAAUGCUCGUGAGCGGACUCGGAUGAGGGAGAUCAACAGUGCGUUUGAGAAUCUGAGACAAGCGGUGCCGGUGGCGGUGGCCGGGCCCAGUGGGAACCAGUCUCCGGUUGGGUCGCCGGGCCAGAGUGGGGCGAACGAGAAGCUGACGAAGAUUACGACCUUGCGGUUGGCCAUGAAGUACAUCCGGAUAUUGAGCGACAUCCUGAACAACGAGGACGGUAGCUUGAUGAUUGACAACAACAAUGACGUUGACAUGAUUAAUCAUAACGAUAUUGAGCGGGAAGUCAUGCUGAAGGGAGCGUUGCUGAACGAGACCAUUUUCAAGGCCGUGAGUCCGGCGAUGGUCAAGACGACUCCGAGUAAAAAGGCCAACGCAAACCUUUCAACCCCCAAAAAGACCAAACCCAAGAAAUCCCCCAGCAAAGCUUCCACCCGGAAGUCCUCCCGAAACUCCAAACCCAACAAACCACCCUCUUUGAACCUGGUCCCCAGCCUCGACGCGAAGGACGACCUUCUCGACCUAGGCAUGAUGCUCGACUCGGACAACGACUCCCUGCAUCUGUCCGAGCCCUGUCUAAGCCCACCCCUCCCCUCAACCACCUCCCUCCACAAGCAACCCUUCGGAACGACCUCCUGCAACUCGAUCGUCGGCGGAACCGUCGUGACCCCGCCCAGUCACGCGGACCUGGAGUUUGGCCUGUUCCUCGAGUCGGACGCCGAUUCGCUCCAGCUGUCCGAGCCCUGUCUCAGUCCGCUCAGCCACCUGGACUCGCUGAACCCGUUCAACGAUCUGCUGCACACGGGGUUCAACGAGCAGACGGCGCUCGAGCUCUACUUAUAACGAUUACAGUUUACUUCCAGAGAAGCAUUCCAGCAAGCAGCAACAAAUAUGCCCGUGAUAGAAAUGAAAAUUCCUCUUACUUUGUAGCGAUUGUUAGGAUUUAAGUGAAAACGUGCAUUAGAAUAUUCGUGUUUGUUUGUAACCUAUUUAUUCUCAGUGUGUCAUAUUAGGUAAGGAGAUCACGAAGUGCAACAUAGGCAGCCAGAACAAAAAGUCAACAUCACAAAAAGUUUUUAGAGCAUACUUUAUUUAAUCUACUUUCACUGUUAGUUAAUAGGGCAUGAGUAUGGAACUUGGUUGUCGAACAGUUGUCGGAUUUCUAUUUUUCAGCUUUGAACAAUUAUCUAACAAUCAUUUACAGUAGUUGUUCGGUAACUGGGCUGAGAACGUAGCCCAUUC